AUGCCAGGAUAUCAACAGAGAGGCUAUGGUGCCCCACAGGUUGGCUUCAGGGGAGGACAAAACCGCUACGGUGGAGGUGAUGGGGACCCCGACCCCAACUCUGAACAGUUCCGUAAACUGUUCAUCGGAGGUCUCAGCUUCGACACUGACGAAAGCAGCCUAAAGCAGUACUUCUCUAAGUGGGGGGAAAUUGUUGACUGCAUUGUCAUGCGUGACCCAAACACAAAAAGAUCUCGAGGCUUUGGUUUCAUCAAGUACAAAGACACUGAAAGUGUUGACAACGUGCAGAAAGCCAGACCUCACAAAAUUGAUGACAGAGAUGUAGAAACAAAGAGAGCGAUGCCAAGAGAUGACCCAAGCAUAAACAACCAGCAGACAGUGAACAAAAUGUUUGUGGGAGGCCUGAAGGACGACACAACCGAGGACAUGGUCAGGGAAGCCUUCUCACAGUUUGGAGAGAUCAAAGAAAUUGAGCUCAUCAAUGAUAAAGCCACCGGCAAAAGCAAAGGCUUCUGCUUUGUUACAUUUGAAGAUUAUGACUCUGUCGACAAGUGUGUUCUGAGGAAACGAAUCAACUUGAACUCCAGGAAAGUGGAAGUGAAGAAAGCUUUUGCUAAAGGAGAGAUGGAUCCACGUGGUGGUCGAAUGGCUAACAUGGGCAUGGGUGUGCCUCUAGGCAGGGGAGGUCGAGGAGAUUUUGGCUUUGGAGGAUCAGGGUUUGGUGGAGGCUAUGGUGGUGGAUAUGGGCCAAGCUUUGGUGGUGGUUAUGGCGGUCCAGGCGGAUGGCAGGGAGGGUACAGUGAUUACGGCAGUUACGGUCCACCAGCCAAUCAAGGAAAUCCACGAUUUGGGGGUAACAGCUACGGAGGUAACAGCAACUACGGAGGCCCAGGUGGAUUCAACAGGCGAUGA